AUGCCGCGAGAGCUGGAGGACCUGUUGAACGAGUGCUGGAGCAAGCUUGUGGAACCGGGCGCAUGGCUAUCGUACGACGAGCAGAUGGUGAAGAGCACGGCGAGAGCGAUGUUUGCGUUGAUGAGGUUCAACAAAACGAAGCCUAUCAAGACCGGAAUAAAAGGCUGGGCUAUUUGCUGCCCGUCCGGCUACUGCUUCGUCCAAAGCAUCGACGGCGGGUUCAGUGGCGACAUCAAGCUAAGACCGCACGCGACUUGCCCCCUUGGGCGGUCGGCACGCACGGUCCUUUACGUACUACUCGAGGCGUGCCCGACCUUCUCCGACAAGAUCGUCGGCUCUGGUAUUACCGUGGCGAUGGACAACUUCUUCACGGGUGCUUCCCUUCUGCGAUGCCUCGCUACGCUCGACAUUUUCGCCGUAGGGACUCUACGCGGCAACCGCACCGGAGUGGACCUCGCCAAAAAUCUCUGGGACAAGGAGGGCCUCAAGGCGACAGAGCGUGGUGAUAUGCUGACGGCCCGCUCCGACGAGCUCAUCAUCGUCAAGUGGAUCGACUCCCAGGAGGUCUACCUGAUGUCGACGAAGCAUGUUUUUGAGGACGAGUGGGCACCUCUCGCCUACGAGUGA